AUGCCUGGCUUUUUAUCGCCAUACCGUGGUGAGAGGUACCAUCUAAAUGAGUUUCGUAAUCAACGUCGACAACCAAGAAACAAGAAUCAAAUGUUCAAUUACCGACACUUCUCACUGCGCAAUGUGAUUGAGAGAUGCUUCGGUGUCUUGAAGGCUCAUUUUCCAAUUUUGAGAGAGAUGCCUCCGUAUUCAACUAAGACGCAGAGAUACAUCCCCAUUGCAUGCUGUACAAUACACAACUGGAUAAGGACACAUUCUCAAAAUGACACAUUGUUCGCUGAAUGGGCCAAUCCAGAUCGUAUCAUUGAAGAUAAUGGGCCUAGUGGAGGUGAUAGUAGCAGCUCGACACAUGCAGGAAGUAGUUCUCAGCAACCAAUUGACUUAGACAUUAGUCAACCCCAAUUACGUCAAAUGUCUGAUGUAAGGAAUCAAAUUGCUGGUCAAAUUUGGGAAUCUCUCGGAAACAAUUGA